CCAGCCCAGGUUGUUUCCUGCCGGGAAUGUCCCUGGCGGGAGGGGCGCUUGCUGGGCGCCAGCCCACACAGACACAAACUUGUCUUGGCGUCACGUGGCUGGCAGAGCCAGUCGGCUGCCAGGAAGGUGAACGCCCGAGCCAGGCCGGCAGAGCCAGCAGGCAGCUGGGCACAGCACGGGUCGCCCCAAGCAGACGGCAGAGCUGGAGCUCCCGGGAGCGGGGAUGCGAACGCCUGCUGCAGAGAUGGACAGGGAGGCCGGCGGCCGGCGGCCCGGGCGGGCGAGGCAGGAAGGCCACAUCUGGGGCUCCAUGCGGAGGACGGCGUUCAUCCUGGGCUCCGGCCUGCUCCUGUCCGUGGCCUUCUGGAACUCGCUGACCUGGCAUCUUCAGAGGUUCUGGGGUGCCUCGGGCCACUUCUGGCAGACCCAGUGGGAGGCGCUGCUGUCUGCGUUCGAGGGGAAGGAAUGGGUGUUGUACUUCAUCGGUGCCACCCAGGUGCCCGGCCUGCUCUUCUGGGCCUUCAACGGGCUGCUCCUGGUGGCCGACACCACCGGGAAGCCGCACUUCAUCACCCGUUACCGGAUCCAGCUUGGCAAGAAUGAACCCGUGGACAGGGCGCGGCUGCGCCAGGCCGUGCGCACAGUGCUCUUCAACCAGUACUUCAUCUCGCUGCCCAUGCUGCUGCUGCUGUACCCCGUGCUGCGGCGCCGGGCGGACCCCUGCCGCCGCCAGCUGCCCACCUUCCAGUGGUUCCUGCUGGAGCUGGCCGUUUUCACCCUCCUGGAGGAGGCCCUGUUCUACUACUCACACCGGCUCCUCCACCACCCGGCGCUCUACAAGAAGAUCCACAAGAAGCACCACGAGUGGACGGCUCCCAUCGGCGUGGUGGCGCUCUACGCCCACCCCAUUGAGCAUGUGGCCUCCAACAUGCUGCCGGCCGUGGUGGGGCCCCUGGUCCUGGGCUCACACCUGUCGUCCAUCACUGUCUGGUUCUCCCUGGCCCUCAUCGUCACCACCAUCUCCCACUGCGGCUACCAUCUGCCCCUGCUGCCAUCCCCCGAGUUCCACGACUACCACCACCUCAAGUUCAACCAGUGCUACGGGGUGCUGGGCGCGCUGGACCACCUGCACGGCACCGACACCCUGUUCAAGCAGAGCAAGGCCUACGAGCGGCACGUGGUCCUCCUGGGCCUCACCCCGCUGUCCCAGAGCAUCCCCGACCCCCCGAAGAAGGCGCACUGAGGCCCUGCCUGCCCUGGGCUCAACAAGACCCCUCAACCUGCCCCGAACCAGGCUGUGAGCCCGGAGACGGGCUGACACCCCUGAGGCCCAGGAGUGUGCCUAGUGCCAGGUCACCAUGUCCUCCUGGCCCCCACUGCUCUUGCAACCCAGUGCCCACAGAUGCCCGAGCCAACUAUCACACACACACUCACACUUGGGUCCGUAAGCAAGGCGGCCACUGCUGCUCCGGGCCCAUCUCAGUCACCUUCCUGCCUCUGCAGCAGGACCAGCAGCCGGAAGCUCCCCUCAAGUGUGCACAGGGCCAAGAGACCCCGAUGAGAUCCCGCCCCCACGAGCGGGCCACCUGGUCCCUCAGUGGCCGCUGAUGGUCACCAGAGCGGGCAGGGUGCAGCCGACGCGCGCGCGGAGCAGCAGUGGCCUGUGUGCCCCCAGGUCUGGACUGCAGGCGCCAUGGAAGAUGCCGGACCAAUAAAAGGUGUUCUCAUUUG